CUGAGGCUACACACAUUUACAGGCCUUUCAAGCCUUCCCCAACUCCUGUCCUGAAACUCCACGCAUAUUUCUCAACUGUAUCCAUGGACACCACACGGUUCGCCGGCUCUGGCGCCGCCAAUCCCGGCCAACCUCAUCGCCCCAUCUCAAAAGCAGAAGCAUCCAAUCCCAGAGAAUUCCAGCUCAAUCAGUUACGACGCCGCUUUGGCCCCAAGGAAAGCAGUGAUGACACAGGCACGACCCUGACAUUCGGGCUUGUCCCCUCCGAUCCGGACUUUCCUUUUGAAAUGGACAAGCUGCAAUGCAUUUUACAUGUGCCUCGGACUUAUCCGACCCAAGCACGUCCAUCGAUCAAAGUCACCAAUCCAGAAAUGGGAAGCGCAUUUCAAGAGAAUGUUGCCAGAGGCUUCGAUGACAUUGUCGACAGCACCAUCAGAAGCGGCAGCCGUGGCACUCUGCUCAACUACAUGAACACCCUUGACCGACAUCUGGAGCGCCUGCUGACUACCUUGGAACGGGGGCCUACGCUUAAAUUUGUGCCUAAUACGGCACCCAGCAAGCCAUUGCCCACAGAGGUUGAGAAGUUGACACGGGGUGUGGGGUCACUAGCUGUGUCUGCAUCGCCUUCGCAGCCUCGGACCCAGGUACUGAAGGCCUCCAAACCUACUCCGGCUCCAACUUACACCGCGGAAGAGAAGGCCCAAGCGGAGAAGCGGAGAGCAACCGAGACGAAACAGCUGGAAGCUCGUCUUGGUAGACUGUCUUCCUUUCAGAAGCUGCACAACGGCCUUGCCUUUCUCAUUCCAAUUCAACCAGCCAAAGCUGAUCGGCUACCCGUGCCUCUCCAGGUAGUGAAGGCUAUCAAAUUGCAGGUGCCCCAAUUGUAUCCGCUCGAGCCAAGCGCCAUUGAGUUGAACAGCAUUGAGGGGCAAGAGGCACGAGCUGUCGAAGCAGGCUUCAGCAAGUGGUUCAAAGCCAACCCCAACAUGAACCUGAUAUCGCAGGUCAAUUACCUCACAAGCAACAUGCUCAACCUCUCCAAGACUCCGGUAGAGAAGCCUUCCGUUCCUGCUACAGUGCCAACAACCACGGACUCUCAACCAGUCGGAGUAGUAGGUGCUGUAGACCCGCAGGUUCCAGAGUCUGUGGCGACGGACAAGCCCCAUGUCCAUGUUGUGCCCCGACCUCCAGAAUGGAACGUGGGCGGUGACAGCAGUGCUUCUGAGGAGACUGAUUUUACCGAAUCCGACCAGGAACCUACGGAUGAUGACGAAGAAGGAGGUGCUCCAGUUCCUGACCUUCCCGAGCCUACCAAUGUGGAGCGCGGUGUCGCUCUCUCAUUUCCUUUCCUGGAACUGUACGGCAUAGAGCUUCUAGAACUCGUCGGUCUCUAUAUCACCAUCAAAUGCGACCGAUGCAAGGAGCCAUUGGAUGUGAGAAGCAUCCCUCAGAUCAAAGAUAAGAGCGACGAGCUGUCUCUCAAGGUGGAGACAUGCAAGAAGUGUGCAAACACGAUGAGCAUGGGAUUCCGCCGACAACUGAUGCAUCCUACCGCUACUCGAGCUGGCUAUCUCGACUUGGAUGGAUGCACUGUAGUCGACCUUCUUCCUAGUAGCUUUAUUCCCACCUGUGCGGAGUGCUCGACAUCCUUCCCUACCCCUGGAGUGGUUGCUGUUCGUGGUGAAAGCGCCACGGCAAACUGCCGGCAAUGUCAUCGCAAAAUGGUCCUGAAAAUUCCAGAAGUCAAGUUCCUGAAAGUUGGGUCUGCAGCAUUCUCUUCUCGCGAUCGUCCCCCUCCCCGAAAGAAGCCCAAGGAAGUCCUCGGCAUCGUCGCCGGUCAAGAGCUUCCACGCCGCGGCCGCUGCUCGCAUUACGGAAAAAGCUAUCGCUGGUUCAGAUUCAGUUGUUGCGCGAAAGUCUUUCCCUGCGAUAAGUGCCACGACGCAGCCACCGACCACCCGAACGAACAUGCAAAUCGUAUGAUAUGUGGCUUCUGCUCCCGUGAACAAAUUUACCGCCCCGAGAAUUGCGGCAUCUGCCGUGCCGUUCUGAUUGGUAAAGCUGGCAGUGGCUUUUGGGAAGGCGGCAAAGGCACUCGAAAUAAAACCUUGAUGAGUCGGAAGGAUCCCCGCAAGUACAAGCGUCGUGGUGGAACGACGCCUGGUGGUUCUUCAAAGAAGACUUGAUCAUAUAUGGUUCUGCGUCGUGAUUUGCGGCAAGCUGUGGAGAGAGGCCAUCAAUGAAGCAGUUGCUUGUCAGGCGGGCUGCAUUUCGCGCCUUCGACAUUUCUGCCUUGUAGUUCUCUCAGAAGUUCUUUCUGUUUCGAAGCAUAGAGACGGAGUAAAUCCCCGCUUCUCGAACGAACAGAGUCUUCUCAUGCUGAUGCAGACAUUCCGGUCUGGUUGGUUUUCGGUUGGCUACCUCAUUGGCAUGAGGUCCUUGCAAGGGUUGCUGGUUCACAUGGUCACAUAGCGUGGCAGGGCAUGGCUUAAGAGCCUUGAGACUCGUUUCUCAGAGGAUGUGUAUAUACUGAGCCAAUGGUGUGGACGAGAUGGACAUAGGUCUACCGUGUACAUAAUGCAGACUACAGUAUGUAUGAUGUGUACUGUAAGUAGGAGUGUGAUAUUGACCUUCCUA